AUGGGGAAGGAAAGCGAAGGUGAAGGAAAAUUGACGCAACUGGAUCGCAGCAUCAAAAUCCUUGUGGAUGAGCCUACGGCAUCGGCAACAGAGGGAAUAGAGCCUUCGACGGAACGCAUACAUCGAUUGCACGGGACGUCUUUAAUCCAUGAUGCAUCCACCUUGUUGUCACUCGGAGCAUCUACCUUUGCAACCGCAUGUACAAUAUUUCAUCGAUUCUGUCACCAAUGUUCCUUAUAUGAUUAUGAUGUUUGGAGUGUGGCUGCUGCAUCAAUCUUGCUGGCAAUAAAGAUUGAGGAGGAACCGUAUGCCAUGAAGGGGAUCAUUCACGUCUUUGCGCACCUAUAUCGGAAGCGAAUAAUGCUCGCAACAACCGAAACCCCGGAUCAAGUGAAGAGUCAUCCACUUGGUGCAAGCCUACCUGCUGCAAGCACUCUUUCGUUGGAAGAAAAGCAUCAAAGAAUGGGGAAAGUACCACUUCCAUCAAAACUUGGCCCAGUCUACAAGGAGUGGCAUAGUCGAAUUUCUAAAAUGGAAGCCAUCGUGUUGAGGCAGCUUGGUUUUACUCUAUAUUGGAUUCCAGAUUCUCAUCCACAUAAGUUCAUUGCUUGCAUCUACGAUGCUUUGGAAUUGACAGAUGUAAAGCUUGCACAACGGGCUUGGGAAUAUUGCAACGAUUCAUAUCGACUGGACUUGUGCGUACGCUUUCCAUCCGAGGUCAUUGCAACCAGCGCUUUCUUUUUGGCUAGUUGCGAUUUGAAAAUAACUCUGCCUACAAACCCAACGCCGUGGUGGGAAUAUUUGGUUGGAAAGGGCAAAGAAAAGGACAUUUCGUCCAUCACCAAUGUGCUCCUUGGACUCCAAUCAGCGCAAGAUGGCUCGACCUUUAAUAACGAUAUGAUGUUGGCAUCCUUGGGGUUUGUCAAGACAAUUCAAAAGACAAAAGGAGAAACAAUGAGCAGUUUCAACGGUGUGGGGAGUUUUCUAUGGGACCACCAGAGUGAAGUAUUUGCAAAGGAGAUGUGA